CGUUUUUUUUGUGGUGGGAGUUUCUCUUCUGCACUGUUCAACCAAUCAAAAUGUAAAGGAGGAGUUAAGAUGGAGUGUCGCCUUGUUGAUGCAGAAACACUGGUUAACGUCGAAAAAGCAGAAGUCCUGUCACAGGUUAUUUUCCAAUUCCCUUGAAAAAAGUCCACUGAGGGUGAGUGGACUGUAGCUCAGAGUUUACUAAUAUCGUUAUCACAUUUUAUAUCUCACCAUGCUUUUUACAUAUUAACUGUGUUGAAAUCCACCACGCCUGCAGUGACAAGAAAAAAAAAUGUUGCAAAAUUCUGUUAAUUUGAAAAUAGAGAUGACUGAAUUGGAUAAAUAAGAAGAAUAGUUAAAAACGAGGGUGCAGUUAUAGUGACACAUUUGCUCAUUUUUAGAUGCAUUAUCAUUUUUAUUAAAAUGCCCCAAAACCAUUCCAUUAUCCGCUAUAGAGAUCCCCACAAUUUGAUGGGUGUAUCUGCGCUUGACUAACUCAUUCAAAAUCCACAGUAUCAUAUGUCUCUCUCAAGUGGGGGCCUUGGGGUGCCUCAACGUGGGGCCAGGGGACAGACUUUCACACAUAACAUCCACAUACCUCUCCUCUCUAACUGCAACUCAACGUAUUUUCCUUCCUUCACGAACGCAAUUUCCAAUGGAAAGCCUUUCAUUUGGAGCAGCAGAGAGCUCUAAGGCUAUGAUAGAUGUGGACUGAAAGAGACAAUAGUUCACCUUCAGAUAGAGAUUAAGAGAGAGAGACCUUAUAGAAGAACAGAUUACAGGAUUUGUAUUCUUCUCUUCAGACCCUUCACCACACAUCUCUAUUGUGUAUCUGCAUAAUACCUAUUACGCCUUGAAAUCCAAUUAAACCAGAUCAUAAUUGGUUGGUAUUGAAGUGUCAUAGGGAGGAAGUGGCUAACAUAAUGUUUCAAUACUAGAUGGUGCUCUAUGAUUAGUUGCUGAGGACUAGAACAAGCUCGCCAUUUUCUUUGGCCACACAAAAUGUGAAUUAUUUCUUCGAUUUCAGGAACUGCUGAAGGACCAACGUUUGAGUUCAGUUUUAAACUUGAACAAUGGACAUUUAAGUUUAGAAUAUACAGUAGUCUCCAUCAACAGACGUAGGAGGCUUUACAACUGACAAAGCGAGUUUACAGUAGAUGUCCAGCACAGUUUUAUGCAUUGGUGCUUUUUAGUGAGAAAGAGGUCUGAAAUGAGAGGUGGUUUUAGGAUGUGUAUAGGGUAUCUAAGGUCAAACGCAGACGUGGCAGUGGCACAGUGCUCUGACAUACAGCUAACAGCUAAUGUUAGACUGCACCUAGCUGUGACUGCAUCAGACCAUCUGUCUAUUUUUUGUUUCUCUCUCUCUCUCUCUUUCUCUCUCUCUCUCUCUCUCUCUCUCUCUCUCUCUCUCUCUCUCUCUCUCUCUCUCUCUCUCUCUCUCUCUCUCUCUCUCUCUCUCUCUCUCUCUCACUCCUCUUCUGUCUUUUCUAUUGUCCUAACGGCCCUACAACAUUUAUGGCGCCGCUUUUAAAGGCGGUCUCCGUAGCGACGGUGUGACCCUUUCCCCAGCAGUGGUGCUGAUUGAUGGUUCAAGGGGCGGUCAUAAACAUGAUCUGCUCUGGCCAGAUUAGGCCAGACAAACAUGCCCCCAAUGACCGGCAAGGCAGGAAUGUUUGUUUACGAUGCUACAUUCCGCCAUUUUCUGAACCCCAGAUUUACAGAUUUACCCCCUGCCCUUUUAAUAAUUCCAUCAAAUCGAAUCUAUGAGUGUAUUCUUAUAUUAUUUUUAUCUCUUUGAAUCAUCUCUUAAUCUGACAGAGGACUCACAUAGUCUUUGUUGUCCCCACGAUGAAAUGGGGUGAGGGACUGUGGAUCUGUCUGUGUCCGUCUGCUCAUUCGUAUGUUAGUCACAUGCGAUAUCUCAGACAGCACUGGCCCGAUGUUGACAAAAUUUGAGUAAAUUAUGAGUCUUGCCAUAUUAGAAUUUGCCGAUAUGAGUAGAAUUUGCUUUGUAGAGAAUUCACAGAACUCUGGAUAGUUCAAUUUGUUCAGUCCAGGGUCAGACAUUACUGAGCAAAGUACAGUGUAGUAACAAUCACUCUGUAAUGGAGUGGCAUAGCAAAACUGUGCAGGUAUCCCCUCAACUCUCAAAACAUCGUUGCCCCUUUUACACUGUAGUCAUAUGACACUUUGCUGCAACUCCAGAUUGCUUAAGGUAGUACAGUAUGUAAUAUAGUAUUCAGCUUCAUCAUAUACACUACAUGACCAAAAGUAUGUGGAUACCUGCUCGUCAAACAUCUCAUUCCAAAAUCAUGGGAAUUAAUAUGGAGUUGGUCCCCCCUUUGCUGCUAUAACAGCCUCCACUCUUCUGGGAAGGCUUUCCACUUGAUGUUUGAACAUUGCUGCGGGGACUUGCUUCAUUCAGCCACAAGAGCAUUAGUGAGGUUGGGCACUGAUGUUGGACGAUUAGGCCUGGCUCGCAGUCGACGUUCCAAUUCAUCACAAAGGUGUUCGAUGGGGUUGAGGUCAGGGCUCUGUGCAGGCCAGUCAAGUUCUUCCACACCGAUCUGGACAAACUGCAUGGACUUCGCAUUGUGCACGGGGGCAUUGUCAUGCUGAAACAGGAAAAGGCCUUCCCCAAACUGGGCAUUAAUAUAGACGUUAUAGAAGAACAGAUUACAGGAUUUGUAUUCUUCUCUUCAGACCCUUCACCACACAUCUCUAUUGUGUAUCUGCAUAAUACCUAUUACGCCUUGAAAUCCAAUUAAACCAGAUCAUAAUUGGUUGGUAUUGAAGUUUCAUACACCUAUCAGCAACAGGGGUGGCUGAAAUAGCCGAAUCGACUAAUUUGAAGGGGUGUCCACCUAUGUUUAUAUACUGUAUAUGGUGUAGAAUCUUGUUGUUGAACAAGAUAAAGUCAAUGGGGUUGUCAGUAUCCCAGGGUGUAUGGGCAGCCUACAGUGGGCUGGUGCUUCUGGGAAAAGUGUUCAUCCACUCCCCACAUGUAGCUCACUGGCCCUUUGUCUCCUCUGAUGUGAGCCCGCCGAGGCAAGUGUUUGACGUUUCCAUGCCGUUCUUACAACCCCCAGGUUGUCAUGGAAAUACACUGCUUGGCAAAGGCCACAAAGUUACAGUGGAGGAAAGGGGAGAGAAAAGAGGGUGAAAGGGGGGCUCAAUUACUCCUGGUUUUUUUUUUGUAUUUGUAUGACAUCAUGGCCAAAUGUUUAUUAAAAGAAGCUGUUGACUGCUUUACCAUGGAUAUUUGUUGACACCAAGCUAAAGAAGGUGUGACCAUAGUCAGGAAGUUCAGAAGCCUAAAUGUUGUACUUUAUUUGUUUUACAGUACAUGGACGUCUUGUUAAUGACUGCAAAUGUUUAAUGUGAUUCAUUCCCAUUGGUAAAAGAUGGACUUCUUAACUGUGUAAAACAAAGAAACAUGAAUACCCCCCUCUAUCCCUCUCUCACUCUGUCCAUCUGAGUAGAGCAGCCCUUACAACAAAAAAACACAUGACAAAAUCACGUGAAAAGAACAUGUGGUUUUCGGACACGUGCUAGCACGUUUGAACAAAUGCUGUGAAAAAUUUUACUUGUGACAUUUUCACGAGUUAGACACGUGGUUUGCGGACGCUUAUGAUGUUUCACAUACAUUUUUCAUAUGCGAACAAAUCACAGACGUGAUAUUAUACGUUCCACGUGUGCUUUUGUAACUGCAGGGAUUCUCCCACAGGAGAAGCUAACGUGUUGACCAUUUGACCAAGAGGGCCAACACUAAUUUUGAAGUCGCAGGCGGGGCUACCUCAUCACGUGACCAUGAGCAACCAUGAUAGACUCAUGACAGACUCAUGUCUGCUAAACUUUCACGUGCAUUUUCACAUUUUAAUGUCAACUUGGCCUGUUAACUAUAAGUUAAAAAAUAUCGGGUUUAUUGCAGGAUUUGCUGUGAUUAAACAAAAUUAAUCGUAAAUUCAUAAUUUGCUCAGAUUGAGCUGUAAUUUAAGAUUUUUUAUUCAAAAAGCAUUACAAAAAGCAUUACAAGAAUAUUGCUGUUUUGAUGUUGUGCAAAGUAACAGUUAGAAAAAUCUGGUAAAUUAAUAAACACACCUUCUUCAAGCUGUUGUUUUUAGCUGUAUAGAUAAUGUAUUUGAGAUGUUUUCAAUGGAUUUUGAACACUUUCAGACAAUGCAACAAACAAAAAAGCGUCCAAAAAUUACAAAAAGUUAACUUGAGUUAACUGAUUAACUCUGACAGCGCUAAUUGUAACAUGUUGAAGACGAUAAAUAAGGAGACGCUGAGCGCUAGCUUCUCUGUUCUUUUCACUGGUUUUCUUCAAACGGCCACUGACCAACAGAGGCGUGUGUCACGAUCGUGUGGGAGUGAGACGGACCAAAACACAGCAUGUGGAAAAUAAGCCAUCUUCUUUUAUUAUUGAAGAAGGCAAAACGAAACAAAACACUUUCAAACUAACAAAAACAACAAACGACCGUGAAGCUAUAAACGUAGUGCACACACACAUGCUACAAACGUUCAACAUAGACAAUUCCCCACAACAAACUAAAGCCUAUGGCUACCUUAAAUAUGGCUCCCAAUCAGAGACAACAGAAACCAGCUGUCUCUAAUUGGGAACCCAUUCAGGCAACCAUAGACUUUCCUAGACAACUACACACAACAUAGACACAGCUAGACAACUAUACUAAACAUAAACCCAACUACUCUAAAUAAACCCCCUAAACCUUACAAUCACCCUGGACACUACAAAACCCACAUAAAUACCCAUGUCACACCCUGACCUAACUAAAAUAAUAAAGAAAACAAAGAAUACUAAGGCCAGGGCGUGACAGCGUGAGCCGGCAGCAGUAACACUCUGAAUGGAUGGCUCAGAAAUAAGAAAUAAUACUUUUUAAAACACAUUCAUUAUUAUACUCAGGUUACCUGUUUACAUUAUGGCAUUACAGAAUUUGUAAUUCCACAUGUGGAAAUAUUACUACUGCAACAUGUUAGCACCACCUUUUCACAUGUGAUGAGAAUAACACUUUCACCACUACAGUACAUGUAAACUUGCAGUUCCAUAUUCUUACAUGUAACACUGCUAAUUAGAUUUUCACAUGUAAAUUAUUUUCACGUGUGAACGUGCCAUUCCACAUGUGAAAGUGAAAACAUGUUUUUCUUCUCACAUGAGAAGAGGUAGUGUUAACAUGUGAACUCUAAAUGUAAUUCACGUGAAAAUAUGGUUUCAUAUGAGACAUUUUUUAUUUUUUUUGUAAGGGAGUGUUGACUAUGGGUGAAACAAGGCUGCUCUGAGGAAAAAAACGUUGUGGCCAAACAAGGCGUCUGAACACGCAGGCAUUUACAGGGAGCCCAAACCUUUUACAAACCUUCAAAAACACUCUACACUGUAUUUGCACACUCAGAGAGAUAUUUCUCCACCAUCUCCAGUGGUUUAAAACUGCAGUCAUUAUGUACUUACCGUUUGCAGUAUCCCAAUAACAACAACACCAUUUUCAGACCUUCUCAUGUCAGCAAGCCAGUGACACUCUCUUCCUCAUAUCUACAAUGACAGUUCUGAUCUGACAUACUGUAGCUAAUCUACUUCUGUUUGUGUGGAUAGGAUCAGGACCAGGACACACACAGUUAUGUAGCAGGUCAGAGCCUCCCCCAAAGUCCUGGCCUCUUUCUUUACCAUGAACAUGCAGCUGUUAAAUAUGUGCUUUUUCAGCCAGACUUUUACCUCCUCGCUGCUGCUGUUCUCUGGGAGCCCCUUGGCAAUUAUGUGGUGCCUCCUCCACAUGUGUUGACCAGCACUGCUUUCAUCGCUCUGUGAUUCAUUGCACUGUAGUUGAAAUACCUGUUUGCCAAGGUAGUCAUGCCUCCACUGCAUCCCACGUCUCGUCCCUCGGACCUACACACCACAUACUCCUGCCACUCCUCAACAUGGCUGUCACCCCGCGUUUCAAUCUCAGUACCUUUUCAGAAAGCCCUGCAGUAAGCCCAAAUUACAUUAAGGAUAAGAUGGAUUGAAGUGAAUAGCUGAAGAUUGAUUAGUGUUGUGAAAGGAAUUUUAUAAUAAAUACUGAUUUCAAGGUUGUUUACAAUACUGAAAAUGAUGAUGAAGUUUAUAGGUCAUAGCCAUAUUUGUGAUUCGGACCAACGGGAAGAAGAAGAGGGUGUUGCCUUUGAAUAUGGGUAGGCUAUCUUCAGUCUAUUUUCCUAUGACUGUAUGGGUACACAUUUUUUCUUUAUGCAGUUAUUUAUGGGUAGUGAUUCUAAUUCAAUUUCGUUAUUUCAAAUUGUUUGGUUUUAUUUCUAACCAGUAGUGGUGUUUUGUUAUUUUAACACAUUACUCACAUUGUGAGUCUUGUGUCAAAAAUGGGGAAUAGUGAUAUGUAGGAGUGUAUCGAGUGAUAGAUGAAGGAGUGUACUGUCGUGUUGCUUGUUCUGUUCUGUUUCGAUAUAGAUCUCACCAGAUUGGGUCUGCUGGAUUGCUGGGAUUUAUCCCAAUGGGUUAGAGGUCAAACUUCCUGAUCCUGUGACUCUGCAAUGAAGUUGACAGUGUGAUGGGGAGUAUAAGCCAAUUUGGGAAAAAUUGUUUUCAACAGAUUGGGUUGUAAUUCUCUUUGACAUAUGUUUAGAGAUUUGUGUUAAGAGUAAUUGGUAAAAGUACUAAUUGUCAUAUUGUCAAUGCUUGUCUGGAUUUCCUGAAUCAGAAAUGAACUGAACUUAAAUGUGUUUCUGAUCUGUCCUCUCUUGAGGUUAUCAUGAGGGUGACUGCAGUCGUUGUCUUAAUGCAUGGAAGGAAUCACUUGACCACGAGAACGGUGUGAACCUCAAAACCCCCUGUAACCGGCUGAAGAAGAGCGACAAAGGCGUUCAAUCCGGCCCUGUCGGCUCCACUUCUACCGAGAGAUCUGAGUCCGAGCCAGCAACCGGUGUACAGCAUCCAAUCAAAGCUAUCAACUGCUUUUCUCGCAUACCUUUCCUCUCAGGAGUGCGACAGGAGUACACGUGGAGUACGCAUGGAGAGAGAUCCGUUCCAAAACUUCUCUCAUGUUGCUGGUAUGCUGGUUGGCAAGGGUGAGACAUUGAAAUUGAGACAUUAUCAUGGGCCAUCCACUUGCACUAUGAAGCUAUCUGAAGAAGACUAUGAAGAGAUGCCAGAAGAUUGAGUGCCUGAAAGGGGGGGGUUGGUCAACUGUGCCCAAAAUUGAUUUAGGCUUGUCUUUAAUUUGGGGCAUCAAGUUGAUUGUAGAGGUCUAACACACUGCUAAAUUAGUCAUUUAGAUUAAGAACGCAUUGGGAUACUGAUCUGUGGUUAUAAUCAUGCUCAGAAAGUGAAUACUAUAACUAUGGAUAAUUGUGCUGUAUGUUAAAUAUACAUUCUCCCAGUGUUGAUGUGCUAAGUUGAGGGUUUUUAACGUUGAGUACUAGGACCAAUCACCGAAGCAUUGUCAUUCUAAUUUUGGUUUGGAUAAUUAAUUGGGUUUUCAUUAUGAUUUGGGAACUGAAAGAUUUUUGAAAACUGACCGAUUUAUUUGAGUAUGUAUUUGAGUAUGUUCUUAGUAUGUUAACUUGAUAACUGUAUGACAUGGGUAAAGAAGUUGUGUACUUAAGAUGUUGACACUAUUCUCAGCAUGCCCUGGUGAAUGGAGAGGUUGAACUCUGAUCCUGAGAGUGAACCUGAUCCUAAUCUAUUUGACCUAUAUUAGCAAAUUCAAAUUUGAUGAUAUUGAUCCACAGGGCCCAAAUUGAUCUGAUGGCCCAUUCAGUUUGUAAACGUUGUCCUAAGAGGGGCAACUGUAGAUGUUGUUUAAAGGGACGCAGUGGUCCUAGAGUCGAUGGUCAUUUCCACCAUGCUGACCCUUAUUAUUGUGGCCAUACCCAGACAUGACCAUCAUAUGGAACCAUUUAAUGAUGUUAUGUGCCAAAGAGAUGAUUGUCGUAUUUGUGCUACAUUCCCUUGUGAACCAAAAUAAUUGAUUGAAAUGUUUGUGUUGGAGGUAGUACCUCCAAAGCGGUGAGUGAAAUGAAUUUUAUAAUAUCUGUACAUUAUAGGAACGCCUAUAAAAUGAUUUGUGUUUUGCUUUAUCUUGAUUUUAAGAAUCAGUGGUAGACACUUUGUAAGUGCAUGAAGAGGUCAACUGUACAAAAGUCAUGUGCCUGUUUGGUAAAACUAUACUUUCAGUUCCUGUUGAUGCUAUGGUCCAGUCUUACUUCUGCUAGCACAUGAUAGCAAUAGGAGGAAGAAGAAUUGGGAAACUAACUGCAAAUAACAAUAAGCUGAACUCCGCCUAGCAGGAACAUCAUUGUAUUAGCAACUAUUAAUUAUGAGUUUAUAUGGUAUUAAAGUUAUUUGUGUACUUAAGCUGUUGACACUAUUCUCAGCAUGCUCAGCAUUAAGGGACAUCACCCUGGGCGGGGUGAUCCUCAGUAGGGGAUAAAAAGGGAAAACACCAUCUUUUGAACUGAGUGUGUUACUUGAAAAUGACUGUAAGUGUAAACUCCGGGUUACAAUCCGGCUUGCAUUCCUUAUUAAACAUACUAACCUCUGAUCAAAGAAGUUUCCCGUGGUCUCUUGUAUGAACUUAGGGCAGAAAUCCCUGACAAUAACUAGUUUGUUUAAGAAGGAUUGCAACCCGGAGUGUUGUCAGUUAGUUAAUUAAACCAUCAAUCAAUAUGUUUUUGAAUGGGGAUUUAAAAUGUCCUAUGCAUACAGAGACCUUUCCUGAAUUCAUGCCCAUUUCACACCAACACACAAAACAAAUCCCUUCUCUACCUCUCUCAAACAUAACAAUGGGGUUGAUUCAUAAACUUUAACCCCCAUGUUAAACGUACAACUUCUUUUGAAAAGUCAAAUGACAUGAGCCGUCAAUACUUCAGUAAACAUCAUCAUGAGUUUCAAGUAUUUGCUUGUGUGUCCUUUGCUGCCAUCCUGAAGCAGAGGAAACAACUAUACCCACUGUUUUUGUCCGCUCAGUGUAUGGAGCGAACAGGUGCUAGUUACGUUUUAUGCAUCAACCUCUAAUGUGUUUUACUGCAGUGAGUCAGCAACACAGGGCUUAUACUGUUUUCACAGAAGGUGGACAGAGACACGUACUUAGAACCUAAUGUAUACUCUUCAUAAAGCCUGUUGAGAUGAUUAAUAGGCAACGCAGACAAUACAUUUUCUGCAAUGAACUGAGGAAUUUUAAACAAUCUGAAGGUGCAAGACGUAGCCCGUUGCACAUCUUCAAUACAUCUGAGAGACAUGCAUCUAUUUAAAUUGUUCCAAAUGCAAACUUGCAAAAGAUGGUUACGUGGUCAAACCAGUGUGUAUGGUCUGGAUGAGGGGAGGCAGCCGGCUUCUGUUCAGACAACAGAUAAAGGGAGGGGAGAGUUGGCCAUCUUGAUGCAGCAGCAACAGGCUUUGUGGAUCUGGGUCUGUGUUGUGGCUUUCAGACUGUGGGCUAGUUGGAGCGCGGGGGAAUAAAUAAUGCAAUGCAGCUCUUUGUCUUCCGUGUGUGUGUGUGUGUGUGUGUGUGUGUGUGUGUGUGUGUGUGUGUGUGUGUGUGUGUGUGUGUGUGUGUGUGUGUGUGUGUGUGUGUGUGUGUGUGUGUGUGUGUGUGUGUGUGUGUGUGUGUGUGUGUGUGUGUGUGUGUGUGUGUGUGUGUGCGCGCGCGUGUGUGCGCGUGUGUGUGUGUGCGCGCGAUUUGGGGUACACGAGCGAUCCUCCCGAACAGACAGUCCAUACUAAGUAUGUUCUACAUAUGGAACAAACUACCUGAAAUAGACGAUGCCCAAUCAUUUACUUUGGUUGCAUUUAUUAUCAUCUGUAGUGAAAUGGCAUCUCCUUGACUAAUGUACUGAUACCAUAUGUAUACAGUCAACUUAAAGGAACUCAGCAGCAGAAGAAUACAUUAAUAGGAGGGGUGCUGAUAUGUCUGCCACCCUGCUGGUCUUGAUGAACUCUCUGUGCCAAACGCUUUACACUGCUUGCGUUAGUAGGGAUCUUUUUUUUUAUGGCCCGAUUUGCAUGACAAAGUGUGCUUCUGAUUCAUGGGUGCUGAGGAAGGUGGAAGGAGAGGGGGGAGAAGGCUGGCUGGAGGCAGAGGUGGACUGUUGGACAGAAAGGCUGUGAUUUGUACCUCCUGGCUGGCAGCAACAGACAGACGCUCCUCACCAUGUAUGACAGUGGCUUCUCCACAGAGGCCAGUUAGCCAGCACAUGCUGGAGACUGGAGCUGGACACUGGAUGAAUGGACUGGGCAUAUGUCAGAGGACACACAGUACAUGGGAGUAGUGGUCAUCGGGACAUAAGGAGAGUUACAGCAGCCUUGGAGUAACACUGAGCAGUAAGAACUGGAGCAAGAGCAGCCUGAGUCUACAGUAAGCCCAGUUACUCAUCACAUGUUGCAGUCUGGGUCUGAGCUGUGGAACAUAGAGAAGUAGAGAUGACUGGAACCCUGCUGACUCUGGUUCUGCUCUGUUGCGUAGUGGUGCUGUGUGAAUGUGAACCAACUCAGCCAGGGCUAGACAGAGGAGAGAGGGGCUCAGAUGAGGGCAGCAGUCUGCGCCUGGUCCAUCAAACAUCAGACUGGGUGUUCCAGCUGGUCAAUGUGUCCCUGGCCCUCUCCCAGGCAGGGAGCUUCUGCAGGGGACAGUUCAGCUCCCUCACCACCCUGGGCCAGCCUGAAGACGAGGAGGGAACCCUGGAGCUCAUCAGGCAGGCAGGCCUGCAAGGACCCAUGUGGGUCAGAGACCCCAACAGGCCAACCAGCAGGUCUCUGGCCCUUGCCAAACAGUAUGUGUUGUUCCAAGCCCUGAACUUCCCCAGGGACUCCCAGGAGGGCUACGGCCGUGUCAACAUGACGUUCCCGGCCCUGCCAGCGGUGAGCGUGUGUGUCCGCGUGCAGUGGGACCCCCAGUGGUACCAGGUGUCCACCAUGUACUCCUACGCCGCGGCCGUCUUCACCAACGAGUUCCAGCUGCGCGGGCAGUUGGACGGGGCAGGACGCAUCCUGCUGGCGCUCAUUGUUCAUGGGCAGCACCGCCCCUACAAGGCAUCCUUCCCCAACGAUGGGGCCUGGCACCACCUCUGUGUCACCUGGCGCAAGACUGACGGCCACUGGGCCAUCUAUGUGGACGGGGAGAGGGGGGACAUGGGCUCCGGGUCUGACACCCCCAGGGACAUACAUGGAGAUGGCAUACUUGUCCUGGGGCAGGAUCAGGACUCGUUUGGAGGGAACUUCACCGAGCCCUUUGUAGGGAAUAUCACAGAUCUGAAUGUCUGGGACACAGCCUUGGAGCAGAGGCAGUUCCGUGCCCUGAAUGGCUGCUCAUCUUUGACCCAGGAUGCUAUCUUUACCUGGAGUAUAGAUAAUAUGACCCGUCACCCAGUGGUCGGAGAGGUGCCAGCCAUGCUGUUCUGCCCAGCGGUCCACAGGCAGAGGGAGAUGCAGGGCUGCAGGACUCUGGAGGGCUGGUCUAGCCAACAGCUCCCCCUGUAUGACUCUGCAGACUGCUCCACCACACUGCCCUUCAUCUGCAGGACCAGCAGGGAGCGCUAUGUCAAGAUGAAGGAAUUGAGUGAGUCUCAGCGCUCCCAUCCUAGUCCCUUCAUGCACCACCUCUUGCAGAUCUCCAAUGGAAAGCAGGGAGCGGAGGGUGUGAUGGGGGGGCAGCCAGGGAUCCAGAUGAGCUGGGGUCAGGCGUCCAGUCUGCUCAACAUGUCCAGGCAGGCCCUGGAGGACACCAGGGAGGGGCUGCAGCCAGAGGACAUGCUGUCCCUGGUCCAACUGCUAGCGCGGGCUGCAGACGUGCCCACAGACACGGCCGCGGAAGGCAACGGCAGCCUUGCCACCAUCAGCGCCGGGGAUCUCAGCCACACUUUUAUCACUGUGGCUGACAGCAUCAUCAGCCAGGACAACGCCCCCAAGUGGCAGGCCAUCAAACAGGUGGUGAGUGGACCGAUGGCUGUGGUCAAGAGCAUUGACCGCAUGGUGACCAGUCUGAGCACUCAGCUGAUGACGGAAACGGACCAUCUACUUAUCCACAGGUCCAACAUCAAACUGGAGGUUCAGCAGCAGAGUCUGGGAGAGGGAUCGAGCGGGCCUAAGUUCUGUGGUCCAGACGUAGAGAGCGUCACCAACAUAGACUGUAUCUCAGUCCCCACGCAGAACAUGCAGAAUCUCCAUGACAACGGCUUCCAGAAGGUGACUGUGGUCAACACGUGGUACAGUUCCCUGCGGCCUCUUUUCAACGCGGAGGAGAACAUCACCAUGAUUCCCAUCGUCACCGAUGGCAUCCAGAGGUACCUGGGCACCAUCCUGGGCUCCUCUGUCAUCUCUACUACAGUCCUGGGGGACGGACAGCCUGUCAGCAUGGCGGUGCGCUUCCAGCUCCAACACAGAGCUCAAAAUUCUGCAGGGACCGUGUAUGACCCAGUCUGUGCAUUCUGGGACUUUGAUCUGAUGCCAGAGGCAGGUGGGUGGUGGUCUACUAAAGGCUGUGAGGUCAUCUCUAAACACUACGACUCCACUGUCUGCUUCUGCAACCACACCACCAACUUUGCCCUGCUGCUGCAAGUCUAUGAAGUCCAGAGGAGUCCAGAGAAUGAGAGAGCCCUCCAGGUCAUGACGUUCAUCGGCUGUGGAGUGUCCCUGUGUGGCUUACUCUUCACCUUCAUCCUCUUCUUCGCUUUGGGAGUUCCUCAGUCUGACCGCACCACUGUCCACAAGAACCUGAUCGUGGCUCUGGGGAUAGCUGAGCUGCUGCUGAUGUGCAGUGACUGGGCCUCUGCUAACGAGGGGGCAUGUCUGCUGGUGACAGCCCUGCUGCACCUCUUCUUCAUGGCCUCCUUCUCCUGGAUGCUGGUGGAGGGGCUGCUGCUGUGGAGUAAGGUGGUGUCUGUCAACAUCAGCGAAGACCGCAGGAUGAAGAUGUACUACGGCAUUGGCUGGGGUCUGCCUGUUGUGAUUGUUGGUGUAACCUUGACGAUAUCCCUGGACAAGUACAAAGCAGACAGUCACUGCUGGCUCAAUGUGGAGACUGAUAUGAUUUGGGCUUUUGUGGGACCUGUUCUUUUAAUCUUGGCCGUCAAUGCAGUGGUGCUGUGCCGUGUUGUCAUGGUGACGGUGUCCAGUGCUCGUCGUCGCGUAAAGAAGCACACUCCCAGUUCAGCAUCUAAACUCCACACCUUCGACCUGACCUGGGCUGUGACACGACCAGUCCUUAUUCUACUGCCGGUGCUGGGCCUGACCUGGCUGUGUGGAGUCCUGGUGCACCUCUCCAUGGUGGUGGCGUAUGUCUUCAUUGCUCUCAAUGCUUUUCAGGGCCUGUACAUAUUCUUGGUGUAUGCGGUUUACAAUAGUGAGGUGAGGAAUGCCAUAAAGAGGAUCAAAGAGAAGAGGAAAGCCUUGUCUUUCACGAACUGUUCCCAGCCAAUCAGCUUCCUGCCGUCCCAGAAGGGUCCGGCCCAGUCGUGGACCCACAGUCUGCCCCGUCCCUCCAGCCCAGAGACCAGCGAGACCUCAGGCCCCGGCAGCACCACCUCUACCUCACUGGUCAUCAAGAACGAAAGUUAUGGAAAAGAAAGUAGUUUUGUGAGCUUCUCCUUGAAACCAGCAUCAGGAAACCAGGUGGUUCAACUGACUGCUUUCAAGCCUUCAGGCUGCUGAUGGAACUGGACACCAAGGCACAUGUAUCAUAUAAACUGGUGGGAAGAAAGAAGAAUUGCACAGUGAAUAUCACAAACAGAUACACACAAUAGAUGCAUCUACUCUCAUACACAUAUAGUAGUAGAUAGUGUAAAUAGACACACACACACGCAUGCACACACACACGCACACACACAGAAUUAAAGACUCAAAUAUGUACUCGCAAGCACGCACACACACACAGAGUGUGUGAUGCAGGAAGUGUAUUUUAGGAGGACAGUUCCUCCUCCACAGUGCCCCAGGGUCAGGAAUCAUCUGCUGUUUAUGAAAUGGCUGUUUUACAGAGGCAACACAACGUUUGUCGUAGAUUUCAGUUUAAUUUUCUGUUGGAGAGUGGCUGAUCACACCUUCAGGCUUUUUUACAGUAAUAUUUGUGUGUGUGUGUGUGUGUGUGUACUUUUUGUUUUUACAGACAUAACUAGACAGUAGUUAUUACUGUAAACUGGAUAUAAACCUUUGAAUCUAGGAUUAAAGGGUUUUACUACUGUAAGAAAUCAUAUGACCAGACAACAAGAUUGUGUUGUCAGUGUGAGAACGUGGAUAGUAGGAUGACAGAUCAUCUCAUAGAUCAACAGUAUUAGAUAGUAGAGAUAGGCUGCUGACUUACUGUGGACUGACUGGGCAGCUUAUAAAGAGACUUUAUGAAGCCUAUCACCUGUUGUCCACCUACUGUAUCACCAGACAACCACUAUGUGUAUUUGAGGCUGUGCUAACUGCAGCUUGGCUGUCUCCCCAAGUCUUUCCUCCCUCCCCUGGCCUCCCCUGGCCUCCCCUACCUUACAACAAGCAGCAGAAAUCCUGGCUUCUCCCUAUCUCCACUACAAGAAGGUGCGCUCUGAACCGAGACACAUUAUUCACUACAGCUCAAAUGGUUGCAUGCCACGAUUUAAAUCCCACAGGGAGAGUGGUUUUAUCCCAAUACAAGAAUAUGCUGGGGCAAAUAUACUGUACUUUCUCGUUUGAUGUAAUUUUAUACUCCAAAAUUAUUUACAUUUUUACCUUUUUUUUUAAACUUUUUUUUUUUUAUAAAGUUUAUUUUAAUAAUAGGUUGGUUACUUUGAGAUGUAUCCCCAGUUUUAUUUUCCACUUUUUCUCCCUCCCUGUGUAGUAGGUGUUUUCAAUCUAUUAUUGUUAUGGAGUCAAAUAGACAAUUUUAUUGACUUUCAGUUUUCAAACAAAACUAAAAUGUCAGUCUCUGUUGUGGUAAUUUUAUGUCUCUGUUAUGAUAUGGGGGGUUAGUGUUAGGACAGACAAGCACACUACCAAUCACUUCCACACCUCAUGCCCAGGGGGCAGCAGCUCCCUGGCUCAAGUGCUCAGCCAGGAAGUCUUGUGGAUCCUUGUUAAGUGUUGAUUGGAAACAAGAGUGAGCCAGCUUGCAGAGCCGUGAGGCUGAUGGUUUUUUUUGGUAGCCAUGUGCACCCUUGGCUUUGUUUAGAAAAAAAUGUUGGUCAUGUUUUUUCCUUUAUGUAUAUAUUUAUUUUCAUCACCACUUUGAACAAUCAGAGGGAGCUGGCCCUGGAUCUAAGGUUGCUGUCUCCUGGGUACAUGUACAUACAACACUGUCCUCAUACACUGAUUUCUCACAUAUAUACACAUCUUAAAUUAGGUUAGAGACCAGUUGACUAGACCUAAGACCCCUAUACUUAGCGAGUGCAACAGUAUUAGCAUGCUAGUUCAUCUGUUUCGUGACAAUACAUUGUAAGAUUUGUAUGAAAACGAUAGGUUUUCCAAAGCCCUUAUACUUUGUUCCUCAAAAGUAUUGUUUAAUUACUGUUAAUUGCCUCCAAUCUUUGUGCCCUUUGUAGUCAUUGGCUGAAAUGUACAUUUACACAUGUAUUUUUGAAGUAGCACUGGCUUAUCAGCCAAAAACCACAGACUUUCACGUGACUAGGAAUUACAUUGUCAUGACUCAUAAAUUGCUGCCACUAUCCUGGAUAGCCUCCCAAGUAUUUUAAAAGAAUGUAUUAGGUAUAUAUGACCCCAAUGUCAUUGAUAAAUUGCGGGAU